UUAGUUAUAACGGAUCAAGUCCGACAGGCGAGAGACUCCGUGCUAGUUAUACGCCGGCGAUUUGGAGAAAUCACAGCGUCUGGACCUGCCCUGCUCUGCUAUCAUCGUCGAGUGUGGGGUUCACCGGCGUUUUCUCCUCUUCCUGAUUCCUGAGUCCCAUUCCUCAGCUGUCCCUAUAUGCUAUUUCUACUAGUCCACUGCUCUCCCUGCGUUGGAGUUCUUGCUCAUCCCCCAAUCCUGUUCAACGUUUUCACUUCUACUCCAAGUGGAGCGAUCUUCCGCUACUCCAAGUCUCGACUUCGACAACGAUGUCCUUGAUGCUAUCCCAGCCGCCGUCUACUCACAGCCCUCCCGCUCAGAGCGCGCGGCGCCUGAGCGUGGGUGCAAAGACGAGAACAUGCGUCCACUGCGGCCGCAGCUUUCGACGCACCGAACAUCUCGAGCGUCACGUUCGCACCCACACAAAGGAGAAGCCGUAUACCUGCUUCUGCGGCGCGGCGUUUUCCCGUCGCGAUCUCCUCAAGAGACAUAUGGGGAUCACCGGCCAUGAAGACAGCAACCCACCGAAUGCGAAGAAUACUUCUCCCAAAUCCCAGCACAGAACAGACCACGACACAAAGCAGCGAAUUCGUCGAGCAUCGACAACUGUGCGGCCACGCCGUACUUCCUCAAUCCAGGACCCCGCUCAACAGGAUACCGUCCCACCAUCGCCUGAGGAUGCCGAAGUUCCCCAAUGGCCGAUGCACCAGGGCACCUACAUGAAACAACAAGAUAACGGCCUACUCGAUUCUACGAUAAACGAAGCUACGCAUGACCCAGAGAUCCUUGAAGCAGCCCAACUCUUACUCCCGAAUGGUAUCCCCCAUAGUUUUGCAAACCACCCGAGCUAUUCGACUGCACAGUCUACUCCAACAACAACAUACUACCCCGAAGAAACGCACCAUUUCGAAGAUUUCACGAACUUCUUAGAUUCGAUCGGAUUACCCGUUGACUGGCCUCCCGGCAGUAGCGAAGCCAACAGCAAUCACAACAACCAACUUCCCACAGAGGUCGCAGAGCCAGGUCUCCACCCAUUAUUCCGUGAGCGCGAGCGAGAACGAUCACGAGGAAACUCCCCUUUCCGAUCAUGGCUCCCCGGCGUAACCCCGGGGGAUCACCAGAGCUACGGGAUGCUUUCAGACUACGGAAACUUCCACCAUUACUAUCACCCUCCAGAAGACAUUGCGCGGGUCGUGGUGCCUAAUUUUUGACUUGAUUCGUUCUGUACUUAGAAUUCGUCUUAAUGCAGAGAAAGAACAGAACUUCCUUCUUUCUUCGUACUUACUUGCCUUGCGUCUGUUAGCGUUCCGUCACUCCCUCGUUCUGGAAUUACUACCGUGCGCUUCUGAUAUACACAUGGAUGAUAACGUCAAGGUGUUCCACCUGUCCAAUCGCCCCAUUUAACAUGAGGCGUCACGAUUGGACCCUGUUUAGUUUUCUUGACAGUCUUAGUAAGUUUGUAGAAAUGCGUCAAAGAUGAAAAUUGCUCUCUAUGAUUCGACUUCAAUC